UUCCUGAUACAAUGGCACCUCACCCAAACUCUCGAAGCCUAGUUACUCCGAAGCUCUCUAUACAAUCAUGGCCACCCUCUCCUCCACCAUUUUGAUUCUUUCCCUUCUCAUUUUUGCCACAUUCACUAGUGCUUGUGGUCCAUGUGAGCCAAAGCCAAAGCCUAACCCAACACCAAAGGCACCCCCAGUGAACCCCUUUUGCCCAAGGGACACAUUGAAGCUUGGUGUUUGUGGUAACCUCCUUGGUCUUGUAAAUGUUGCACUUGGUAGCCAAGUGACAAGCCCUUGUUGCACAUUGCUUGAAGGUUUGGCUGAUUUGGAAGUUGCAGCUUGCCUUUGCACUGCCAUUAAGACUAAUGUGCUUGGGAUUGUCAAGUUGGAUAUUCCUGUUGCACUUAGUGCUUUGGUUAGUGCUUGUGCUAAGAAAGUUCCCACUGGUUUCAAGUGUGGUUAAUUAUAUAUUAGCUAGAGGGGGAAAUUAAAGCAUCAAAUUUCAAGAUUUGGUGGCUAGAUAGUACUCCUGAAGUUUAUUGUUUAAUUAAUCAUUGGGUUGUAAAAUGAUGUUUGUGUUUUGAUUUGUUCUUGAUUUGUGUUUGUCUGAUUUGUUAUCAAGGUAGGUUGCUUUUUUGUUUUGUUUAUUAAA